GCAGCAGCGAUCCCAGCCAUGAUCCCUUGUGUCGCUGCUGAUGAUGAGGAGGAUGAAGCUCCGUGUUUCUGAAUGAAUCCGGGGCUCCGCUGCUGCUGCGGCUGCUGGACGGAUGCAUCGCUUCCUGCCUUCCUUCCUUUCCUCCGUGUUCGUGCUGUUGUUGCUGCUCGCUCUCUCUGCGCGGGAUCUCAGUGAUUAUGGACGUGCUGUGUUUUCUGUGGAUGCUGCCGGCGGUGUGGGCUGUGGAAGAGGUUCUGAUGGAUUCAACCACAGCAACAGCAGAACUGGGCUGGACCAUCUUCCCAUCACAAGGGUGGGAGGAAGUGAGCGGCUAUGACGAACACAUGAACACCAUCCGAACCUACCAGGUCUGCAAUGUGUUUGACAGCAGCCAGAACAACUGGAUCCGGACCCGGUUCAUUGCGCGCCGCGGCGCGCAGCGCAUCCACGUCCAGAUGAAGUUCUCAGUGCGGGACUGCAGCUCCAUCCCCAACGUCCCCGGCUCCUGCAAGGAGACCUUCAACCUUUACUACUACGAGUCGGACUCCGACGUGGCCAGCAAGGCGUUCCCGGCCUGGAUGGAGAACCCGUGGGUGAAGGUGGACACCAUCGCGGCCGACGAGAGCUUCUCCCAGGUGGAGCUGGGAGGACGCAUCAUGAAGAUCAACAGCGAGGUGCGAAGCUUCGGGCCCGUUUCUCGUCAGGGAUUCUACCUGGCGUUCCAGGACUACGGCGCCUGCAUGUCCAUCAUCGCCGUCAAGGUGUUCUACAGGAAAUGUCCGCGGGUGAUCCAGAACGGCGCGGUGUUCCCGGAGACUCUGUCCGGAGCGGAGAGCACCUCCCUGGUGGCGGCCCGGGGAGUGUGCGUCCCCAACGGGGAGGAGGUGGACGUCCCCAUCAAGCUGUACUGCAACGGGGACGGGGAGUGGAUGGUCCCCAUCGGCCGCUGCAUGUGCAAGGCCGGGCACGAGGCGCUGGAGAACGGCACACUGUGCCAAGCUUGUGUGUCGGGUUUCUUCAAAGCUGCUCAGGGAGAUGAGAAAUGCCUGCAGUGUCCCAUAAACAGCCGAACCAUCAGCGACGGCGCGACCAGCUGCAUCUGCCGGAACGGCUACUACCGCGCCGACCCCGACCCGCCCAGGAUGCCCUGCACCACGGUUCCUUCAGCGCCGCAGCGGGUCAUCUCCAUGGUGAAUGAAACGUCGGUGAGGCUGGAGUGGAGCCCGCCGCUGGAGAGCGGCGGCCGAGAGGACGUCGUCUACAACAUCAUCUGCAAGAGCUGCGACAGCCGGCGGGGCGGCUGCACCCGCUGCGGAGACAACGUCCAGUUUGUCCCGCGGCAGCUGGGCCUGACGGACACCGCCGUCCGCAUCAGCGACCUGCUGGCUCACACCCAGUACACCUUUGAGAUCCAAGCUGUGAACGGAGUGUCUGACCAGAGUCCGUAUUCGCCGCAGUUCACGUCCGCCAACAUCACCACCAACCAGGCUGCACCGUCUGCAGUGUCCAUCAUCCACCAAGUUAGCAGCACUCCCUCCAGCAUCACCCUGUCCUGGUCUCAGCCCGACCAGCCGAACGGCGUCAUCCUGGACUAUGAGCUCCAGUAUUACGAGAAGAACUUGGCCGAAUGGAACUCGACUCUGACGAGGAGUCAGACCAACACAGCCGUCAUUCGGGCCCUGAAGCCUGGAACCAUCUACGUCUUCCAGGUCCGAGCGCGAACUGUCGCUGGAUUUGGAAGCUUCAGCGGCAAAAUGUACUUCCAAACCAUUACUACGGAAGAGUAUAACUCCAGCAUCCAGGACAAGCUGCCUCUCAUCAUCGGUUCGUCUGCAGCAGGAGUCGUCUUCAUCAUCGCCAUGACUGUUGUCAUUAUCGUUUGUCGCAGGAGAAGUUCAGACCGACCAGAAUCAGAGUACUCUGACAAACUGCAGCAUUACACCAGCGGCCACAGUGAGCAGCUCCUUCUGUCUUCUGUCCCGUCCAACAGCUGUAGCGAUUACAAGCCGUCUCUAGCUUCUCCGUUUCUCUCCAUGACAGUUUCCCCAGGAGUGAAGAUCUACAUUGAUCCUUUCACAUAUGAAGAUCCCAAUGAAGCUGUGAGAGAGUUUGCCAAAGAGAUCGACAUUUCCUGUGUCAAGAUAGAGCAGGUCAUUGGUGCAGGGGAGUUUGGGGAGGUGUGCAGUGGAAACCUGCGGCAGCCUGGGAAGAGGGAGAUGCUGGUGGCCAUCAAGACGCUAAAGGCGGGCUACACUGAGCGCCAGAGGCGGGACUUCCUGAGUGAGGCGUCCAUCAUGGGCCAGUUUGACCAUCCGAACAUCAUCCAUCUGGAGGGGGUGGUGACCAAGAGCAGCCCAGUGAUGAUCAUCACAGAGUUCAUGGAGAACGGAUCCCUGGACUCCUUUCUGAGGCAAAACGAUGGGCAGUUCACGGUGAUCCAGCUGGUGGGGAUGCUGCGCGGCAUCGCAGCAGGAAUGAAAUACCUCUGUGAGAUGAACUACGUCCAUCGAGACCUGGCUGCCAGGAACAUCCUGGUGAACAGCAACCUGGUGUGCAAAGUGUCCGACUUUGGCCUGUCGCGCUUCCUGGAGGACGACACGUCUGACCCGACAUACACCAGCUCUUUGGGAGGGAAGAUCCCCAUUCGGUGGACGGCUCCCGAGGCCAUUCAGUACAGGAAGUUCACCUCCUCCAGUGACUGCUGGAGCUACGGCAUCGUCAUGUGGGAGGUGAUGUCAUACGGCGAGCGGCCGUACUGGGACAUGAGCAACCAAGAUGUGAUCAAUGCCAUAGAGCAGGACUACAGGCUGCCGGCGCCGAUGGACUGUCCGAGCGCGCUGCAUCAGCUGAUGCUCGACUGCUGGCAGAAAGAUCGCAACAACCGGCCCAAAUUCACGCAGAUCGUCAGCACACUGGACAAGAUGAUCCGCAACCCCAACACCCUCAAGACCACAACGCCGCUGUCAUCAUGUGUUCACUUGCCUCUGCUGGACCGCAGCACCCCGGACUUCACCUCCUUCAGCACGGUGGACGAGUGGCUGGAGGCCGUCAAGAUGGGCCAGUACAAGGAGAACUUUGCCAACGAAGGCUUCGGCAGCUUCGACGUGGUUUCUCAGAUGACCAUGGAGGACAUCGUCAGGAUAGGUGUGACGCUGGCCGGCCACCAAAAGAAGAUCCUGAACAGCAUCCAGUCUAUGAGGGCGCAGAUGAACCAGAUUACCUCAGUGGAGGUGUGAUUCCACGGACCCGUCCACUCGGGCUUUGCUCACCGCAGGAGGCCAGCGUCCUCCAGAACUUCUGAGGAGAGCCAACAGCAUCCAUCCAAACUGUGACCUCACCGAACCUCCCUACAGACUCCACCCGUUCGGGUCCGUCGCUCAGCAGCGCAGAAACGUCGGCUCGUUGUCGUGGCAGGUGCUGCGUUCAGGUAACGGUGCAUUCAGGGGCUUCGAGUUGCAGUCAAGCUGCGGCCGUUUGAGAUGAUGCGCUCUGUUUCCACUCAACACCUCCACCACUGAGAAAUCGUCCAA